AUGGAUGAAGAAACGACUCAAGGACCCAUAGAAAAGGAAGACGGAAGUUCAGAUUUGAUGCGAACAGAAAAAUUAGAAAUGACAUCAAGCGUUGAAAACGAAACUCUCUUUGAAGAGAACAUUGAUAAGUCGUCGUUCUUGGAAAACAUCAACAAAUCAGGGGCGGAAGACAACAACUAUAAGCCAGAUAUUGUAACUGCUUGUGAAGCAUUUGAUGAUAACACAUCCGAACACUUCAACAGUGAACCUGAAGAACUGGAAAACGACGAGAGAGAUGAAGGAGUAGGAUCGUUACUAGAUGAGAUGUCAGCAAGUGCUGACCUAGAGACAACCGCAAGUCUGGAGGGCGACACGACACAGAUUGUGGAAAAUGAUGUUGACGUGGCAGGCAAUAACGGAGUCAGGGGGUAUAGCACUAUCGAAAACGAAGCGUCGAAAGAGGAACAUGAGGAUAAAAGUGAUGAUACACAAGAAGAAUAUGGUUUAUUAAUAGAAGAAGAAAUAACAACAGAUUUUAAAGACGGUUCCAGUGGACCCAAAAAUGAGUUUGCCAACCCGGACGCAAACGAUAGUUUGCCAGAGUUAACUGCUGAAACAAGUGAGGACGACGUAUCGUUACAAUAUGCAGCGAAUAAGAAUGGUGCCAAAGAUGGUAGAGAUGACAGUUUUUUUGACGAGGAUAAUUAUGACGAUAUAAAACCACACCUCAGUUCAGCUAAAAAGAGAGAGUUGGCAGAGAAUGAAGAUGGACUUUUGCAAGUAUCCGACAGUGAAACUCUGACACCCAAAGACGAAAACAUUGAAAGGGAAAAUUCCCCUGUUUACAAAGAAGCAAGUCAGAACGUACUAGAAAAUAAUAAAGAGUUUGAGAUGUCUGAUUCGAACGUUAAAAAAGUGUUACCCGACGACAAUACAGAUUACCUGCAAGAAUAUGGCAAGGAGCUUUCUCAAAAUGGCGCAGCAAAUGUCCUCCCAGAUCAAGAAACGGAGAACACUUUUCCAUUCACUAAAGACGAAGCAGACGUGCCAGGAACAAGGGAAACCUGGACAAAUGACGAUGCAGGAGAGCAGGAGAGCUGUAUUUCUGAGGAAGAAAAUCGGUUUAAGGGUGACGACAAACAAUUACCACACAGCAGAGGUAACACAGGAGGACAUCAAAGCCAGGAGGAUGAACCGCAAAUGAAGAAUCCCCCGCUGCAUUCUAAGUCGCAGAGUAAUGGUGAAAUAACGCCACCAUCUGAUGACCUGCUACAAAAUAGAGGAGAGGAUGGAGAAAGUGGUUUGCCUUUAAAAGAUGACGCCACCAGACAACUGAGCGGGGAUUGGUUCUAUGCUGACGAUGAUAUGUCUUCAAUAUUUUCUGAUGACGGCCGAGAUAUAUCCUCUGUUAUCCAGGAAAACAGUAUUCUACGAGAGGCCAUGAUUCACUUAAGGAACGAAAACCCAGGAGGAUUUACCGACACAGUCAGCGAAACAUCAGACGACAAUGACGAUCUGUAUCCUUACGGAACCCAGGCGCCAACGAACAAAUUUAUUGCAGAUAGAGAUUUUGACGAUGCACGGCUGAAUGAGGUACUGAGAGAGAAAAGGGAGGCUCAGGCAAAAAUGCGACAGUUAGAAAGAGAAAAGGCGUCGGCUGAUAGGAGGUACCGACAAGACAAAAUGGAAAGAGAUUUCCUAGAAGAAAGAUUCGCGUUUAAAGCAUCUCAACUCGAAGAGGAAAUACGAUGUUUAAAACAAGAAAACCAGCGGCUUAAACGUGGGGGUCCACAAGUCAAAGGAACAGCCUCUGCUUCUGAAAAUAAGACUCAUGGUGCUCCAAAAACACCUGAAACGGACUCACUUAGCGAAAACGGAGAAGGCAGUAUUCCAGAGAAAAAUGGUUUUGCUAAAGAUAUCGCCAUUUUGGCAAAGGAAAACGAGAAGUUAAGCGAAAUAAUAGACCACCUGCUUGAGUCUCCCAGAGAUGAUUCUCUUAACGAUUUCGUUGACACUUUAGAUAAAUAUGUACCCAAAGAAGAAUACAUUAGAGUUGAAAAUGAAAAGUUUAAGCUGGAGACCGUGCUAAGAGAAAAGGAAAGACAUAUAAAGGAACAGGAACGAGUUCUCGAAGAGACUAGAUUUGACUUGGAGGAAGAAAAUGAAAUUCUGAGAGAAAAUUUGAGAAAGGCCGAAAAUAAGAAUAAAGAAAAAGGAAAACUUUUGAGCCAGUAUGAAAUUAAAAUGAUGGAAGUCAAGACGAAAUUUACAGAAAAGGUUAGCAAGCUGGAGAGCAAACUGGACCAAGAGAUUUCAAAAAAGAACAAACUGGAGUCCGUCAUAAUAAAUCUUAAGAAAUGUAACGAAAAUUUCGAUAAAGAAAUUCAAGGCUUGAAAAAUCGAGUGAAGAAGCUUCAGAAUAAUGAGCUUGAACUGGAAGAAAAGAAUCGACGUGAAAAGGCCGACGUUGAAGGCCGUUUAAGCAAGGAAGCCGACGAGAAAGCAAAGCUCGGAAAGAACGUGGAGGCACUUUUACAAGACCUAAUGCAAAUGAAGAACAAGAUGCUUGAAGAGACGGAAAAGCAUCGCAACGAGAAGGAACAACUAAGGUCACACUUCGAAAACGAGAGAGCUAAGAUGGCGGAAGCACAAGAAAGGGAUAACCGUCGAAUCAUGUUUGAGUUGGAGGAAGAAAAAAAGCGAAACGAACAGCUGAAGAAACGCAUGGCAGAGAUUCCAGGCGAAACGAUCGUUGCAGUUAUGGAAAAGAAGACUGAGGCUGGACUCUUUGAAAGCACCUUCAAUGGCAUUGAGCCAGACUUAGUAGAAAGAACACCUGAAGAAGUGCAAUUCAUAGAUCUUGAGAAGAAUAACGUUACUGCUAUAAACGAACUACCAGCUAGAAAUGAAGCACUGACUGGAUAUAAGCCUUUAGAAGAUAAUACAGGGAGUAUUAAUAACCUGCAGAAGAAACUGGCGGAGAUGACAAAAUUCAACAGCAUCGUGCAACGAAGAAACAAAGAAAUCGAGGAGGAAAACAUUAAUUUAAAGGAAAAGAUGGAGCGAGUUGGAAGAGACGUACACAAGUUAAAAGAACUCGAAGAUAGAAAUGAAGAGCUACAAGAGGAAAUGGGUCGAAACGCAAAAAAACGAAACGAACUACAAAAGAAACAGUCAGAAAUGAUGGAAGAAAUCGAGGACAUUUCUCACAAGUUAAGCAAGGUCGAAGGGAAUAAUUGUGAUCUCUCAAAUGAAGUUGAAAGACUGACAAAGAAGAUAAAAACUAUGGAACAAGAAUUCGCAGAAGAAAAGGCAAAGUUGGUAUUCUCUCUAGAAAAUGAAAAAUCAAGCGCUCUCAACGAAACGGAGAAACGAUUAAACGAAGACAAGGCAAAAAUAAAGAAACUGGAGAGGGAGAUUGAUGAUUUAAACUCGGACAUUAAAACUCUUAAAGACGCCAAAAGAGCAGCCGAAGAAAAGUUUGUUAAUGAUACACGAGAACUUGUCGAUAGACAUAAUUCAGAGAUUGCAAACGAAAGGGAGAGGUACCGCCAGCUACAGGAUGAACUGAACAACAACGCUGGAGCUGUAAGAAGAAUCACUGAAGAGUGGGAACAAAUGCUCCGAAAAUCGGUGAAUCGUUAUGAAGAGGAUGUACAAAAAAAUGAAGAAGAACGAAGGAAAAUGGCCGAUGAUUUUCAACGACAGAAAGAAGAAAUGAAGUCUAGAUUUGAAAGAGAAAAGGGGAAGUUGGAAGUAAGAGUACAAGAAAUCGAGCGAAUGAGAAGAUCUCCAUUCGAGCUUGAAGUAAUACAGGAAACUACAGCCGAAUUUUCCGAAAAUCCACAGCAUUACAUACAAGACGACGGUAAUGAAGAUUUUAAUGAGGACAAAAGCCACAUUAGUAACAUUCUAGCAGAGAAACACGCAAAGAUACGAUCUCUUGUCGCACAGAAACAGAAGUUGGAGCAAAAACUGGAGCAAAUGCAGAAAAGCUUCGAGGAUGAAAAGAAAGAUUUAUGCCAGGAAUACAAGAGAGAAAAACAGAAACUCGAAGAAGUACUUGCAGACGACUACAAAAGAAGACUGGAAGAAAGUAAAAGAUACUACGAAAGUCUCCUAGAUGAUGAACGAAAAAAAUACGAGAAGAAGGAAGAAGAACUACAAAAUAAGUUUAGGAGAGAAAGAAAAGAACUGGAAGAAAAACUGAAACAAGAGCUUUCUAACGACUUGUCUUCAAGGAGCGCCGGGCUUGAGAACAAAAUUCAAGAUCUGGUUUCGCAAAAGGUGCAGGAGCAGAAGGAAAUAACAAAGACCGUUGAGACACAAAUGAGAAACAGGCUGAAGGACAUACAGAACGAAAAAAAUGAGAAUAAACGACAAUUCGAGAGAGAAAAGAAGCUAUUGGAAGCCACUAUUCAAGCCCUGACGAAAGAGUUAGCUAAAGCUAAGCAGGAGAAAAAAGAUUUCAAGAAGAAACAGAAAAAGGAUAAGGCAGAGUUAGAGGAAGCGUUUGAAAGCGAAAAGAGAGAGAUGAAGCAGAUGUGGGAGAAGGGAAAAGUGGACACGAUCAAUCGAAUCGAAGAGGAAUGGUCAGAAAAGUUAAAAACCGAACAGAUAAAAACAGAGAUCUUUAAAGAAGAACUACAGGAAAACUAUAAAGCCAAACUUAAACAAAUGACACUCAAGUUUAAAGCCGAGAAAGCAGAGCUAGAAAGGCGUUUGGCGGAUGCUGCGUCCGAAACCACGUCUCUCGAUGAAGCAAAACGGGAAAUGCAGGCUAAUUUGGAAGAUGAAUAUAAAAGAAAAUCAAAGAGGGAAAGAGAAAACAUCGAAAGCACCCUACAGGGUCUACGGCGUGAGAUAGAAAAGCUGCAAGAGCACAGGAAGCAGCUUCAAAGCCAAAUGGAACAAAGGGAGAGCCAGACUAAGGCAAAUGCCCCACCGUUGUUAGAAACCAACUCGCAGGUAGGGUUUUAAUCAUUGCACCAGUGUCAUUUCUCUUUUGACCUGACAAAACUACAAUCCUGGACAAAAGUCCUUGUGACAGUCAUGCAAUUUCGUAAUCACCAUUAUUUUUUAUGCCGCCUUACAAUAACAUUAAAACAUUACUAUUCUUUAGAAAAAAAAAAAACUAGCGCCUUGCGGGUCCUCUUCCCCCACCGUGUAUAAUUUUGAAAGGGCGAAAAAAACGUGGAAACACGGGCGGGGGGGGGGGGGGGGGGGGGGGAUUGGCAAUCCUCGGGGGUUAAACAAAAAACAACCAAAAAAAAAAAUAAGUACUAACUCUUGUUCUAUGUUAACAAAAAAAAAAAAAAGAAUCAGAAAACCAGUAUCGUUCAUCAUUAAUAUAUUUACAAAAAAUCUUUUCUUUUUAUCAUCACAAAAAAAAAAAAAAAAAAAUUAAAAAAAAAAAAAAAAAAAAAACAGGCCCCCCCCCCCCCCCCCCCCCCCCCUAUAAUAUAAAAUAAACAAAGAAAAAAAAAGGGGGGGGGGGGGGGGGGGGGGGGGGGGGGGGGAGAGGGGAGUAUGGGCAUGCGCAGGGUUUUAACAAAAACGAGCCCCAAAUGCAAAUCUGUCCUAACCGUUUUGCCACGAUUGUAACUGCUAUCCAAGUAAGAUAGAAAGAAUAAGCUAAUGCUUAAUGUAUACAUAUAUGUUUGCUAUUCAUAUGACUUUUUCCAUGGGAAACGAAAAAAUUAAAGGUAUCAUGAUAAACAGAUCUGUCAAUUAAAAAAAAGAUUCCGAAAAGCGUUUAUUAGCGUUUAAAAACCUCGUAUUUAACUACAAAGAAGUGAGCGAGGUGAUUUUAUAGGCCUUUCAAAGAUAAAUGUAAAGAGACAACACCAACACAUUUGGUGGCACAACUCGGGUGUUUCAACAGUCUCACAUUAAAAUGAGUCUUUUACCUAGAAUAGUGUUUAAUUGCAGGUGUUAGCGAAGUUAGACAAUGAGCAUCACGAACAACUGAAAAGAGAGAAGGAACAACACGAAAGCACACUAAAAGACCUCCAAACAGAGAUAGAAAAGCUGCACGAGGAUCUUUCCGAUAUGAAGACAAAGGCCCGUCAAGAGAAGAACCGAGUUAAGGCUGAAUUUGAGAGGGAAAGAGAAGAAAUGGAGGAGCAAUUUGACAAAGAGAGAAACGAAUGGCGCACUAGAAUGAACAUGAUUGCAUCAGUGAGUAGAAUAGCUUUAAAAAUAAACCUUGAACAAACCAUAAUUAUCAACAACAACAACAUCAGGUUGAUGGAAUGCUCCUCCUGACAAUUAAAUUCAAGCUGUCUUCAGCCUCCCCUAAUCAUUCCCCUCGUUAUUUAAUGCCAAACACAUACAAAGUCUGCUGAACGCUGAAGUUUUUGUUGAUUUUCCAUAUACGACCCCACUUCAAUUCAGAGCUCGCUUCUUCGUUACAAUAAGCACCUACGAGUGCACUUUACGAGGAAGUUAUCACCGGUGUCGUGCGUCAGGUUUGUGGUCUGAGGUUCACGUUGGUGCGACAAGACCACGCUCUAGUGGUAAGUCAUUUACCGCAAGGAUCUUUUCACCCUAAAGCAUAACAAUCCCACGUUGGCUAAUUAUAUAAUUAUAUAAUUCAUUUUUAUAGGAAGACAUUUCUCAACUCCGACAAUAGAAGUAAACGGAUGAAUGUCAACAAACUUGGCAGCCAUAAGCUACCACCCUCAAAUAAGGGCAGACGGGUAACGGAAAACUGCUAACCGCAAUGCGGUGUUUGCCGUUUGCGGUAAGAUGCCCAAAUCUCAGCAAGAAGAUCAAUGUGACAAUUGACCAUUAAUGGCCUCCACGGUUGGUACUUGAAGUCCAACCUAAUGGUCCCUAUUGAUAUAAGAGGUUUCUCACGCUAAUUAAAAUUAAGUUGUUAAUUCCUUACCUACGACUUCAUCAUUGCAGAGAUCUGCUGCGCAUCUUGAGCGAGGAUCACGUGAUGGCAGGCAGAGAGACUCCAAUGGAAGAGGAAGAAUGCACCGUGGUGGGAACACAUGAAAAUUUCUAG